AUGAAGAUCACAGUAAACCUAGGCGGAUAUACCACACAGGUCCUGAUAGACUCAGGAGCCCAAGGAAACUUUAUCGCACCCCGAAUAGUGCAACAGCGAGAAAUACCAUGGAAUCAGAAGCAAAACCCUUACCGACUAAGGAAUGUAGAAGGGAAAGAAGUCGAGUAUGGCGGAGGCAGCAUUGAUCAGGAGACAGCGCAACUCCCUUUGCUCUACCAUGGCCAUCAGGAGCUUAUCAGCCUCGACAUCACGGAGAUAGGAAACCACGACGUUAUCCUCGGAAUUCCAUGGCUACGAAGACAUAACCCACAAAUCGAUUGGGUUACCGGCCGAAUAAAAUUCAAUCCAGCCUCUGAGAAGCACUCGACGAAGGCCUCAUGCGGAUUACUAGCAGCAACCAGAGCAAGACCACGCCUGAUGCUAAGGAUAAAAGACAUUGGCACUAGGACGCUAGCAGCCACGACGAUUGACAAAGUCACGGAAGAUCCAAUGUCAAAGAUACCUGUUGAAUACAGGGUCUAUAGCAAACUCUUUGCACCAGAACUCGAGACCGGAUUACCGGAACACAGCAAGUGGGAUUACAAGAUCGAAAUUAAGGAAGGACACGAACCCACCUUUAACAAAAUAUACCCACUCAACCAAGAAGAAAUGAAAGCCUUAGACGAAUGGCUUGACGAAAAUCUUGCGAAAGGAUUCAUCAGACCUUCGAAAUCACCCGCAGGAUACCCUAUACUAUUCGUACUAAAGAAGAACGGGAAGAAACGACUUUGUGUCGAUUAUCGACGACUCAACGAUAUUACGAUCAAAGACUGUUACCCACUGCCCCUCAUAUCGGAACUAAGAGACCUACUCUACGAGGCCCAAUGGUUCACAGCCUUGGACCUUAAAGGAGCCUACAACCUUAUCCGAAUUGCAGAAGGAGAUGAGUGGAAAACAGCCUUCCGAACGAGAAGAGGACAGUUUGAAACGUUAGUCAUGCCAUUUGGACUCACCAACGCACCGGCUACAUUCCAAACUAUGAUCAACCAAGUACUACGGGAAUAUCUGGACAAGUCUGUUGUUGUGUACCUCGACGACAUCCUUAUAUUCUCCAAAACGUUGGAAGAAUACAAGAAGCAUGUCUACGAGAUUCUCAAAGCACUCGAACAAGCGAAGCUACUUGUGGAACCAGAGAAGAGAUUUGUCAACUUCUACCGAAAAUUCCUCAAAGACUACUCCAAAACGAUAUUGCCUCUUACCGAACUUACUAAGAAAAAUGCACCUUGGGAAUGGAUAGACAAACAACAGAAAGCGUUCCAAGAAGUCAAGGACAAGGUCACAUCGGAACCCGUCAUCCAGAUUCCGAACCCUGAGAAGCCCUUCGAGCUCGAAACGGAUGCUUCGAACGAAGCUGAAGGAGCGCAGCUAGGCCAAAGGGACGAGAACGGAGUCCUACACCCCUGUAGAUUCUUUUCAAGGAAGUUCCAAGGACCUGAACUGAAUUACCAGAUCCAUGAUAAGGAACUUAUGGCAAUUAUCGACGCAUUCAAAGAAUGGAGACCCCAACUAUCAGGAACAAAGUACGAAGUAAAAGUAUACACGGAUCACAAGAAUCUAGCACACUUCACCACUUCGAAAGAGCUUAACAAACGACAAAUCAGAUGGUCAGAAUUCCUCUCAGAAUUCAACUUCAGAAUCAUCUACAGGAAAGGAUUAGAAAACGGCAGAGCAGACGCGCUCAGCCGAAGACCCGAUUACAAGGACGAAGUCCCAGAAGAAACUUAG